UCCGUAGCCUCGAGAUGUUAGAGUAAAAUAAGAAGUGUGUAUGAUUGGAUUGUCUGGGUCUUGGUUUGAGUGAGCGAGUAAGUAAGUGAUAUGAGAUGAGAGGCUAGCCUGGCCUUUUAAAACAAAUUAUCAUAUAAACACUCGUGUAAGAGAUUGUCUUGCGAACUGGAAAAUUGAAAUGAGCCGCUUGACUUUUAUUGUUGCCUAGGUAUGGAUAUUAGGCAGACAUGAAAAUUAUGGCGAUAGCUUGUUUAUGAGUGAGUGAGUGAGGUGAGGCAUUAGCGUCAACAAGCAGGUCUAAUACCGGGGCAUUUCUCAGUCGCAGCAUCAUCUUAUUCUCAUCUCUUCAACUUCAACUUCAUCUUCACACACAGCAACACAAAAUGACGGACAAACAAGAAACGAACCUCUCCCCCCCAGAGUUAAACUUCACUUUCGACGAGUCUGUCGCAGAAUGGAACGUCAAUCACCGCGAGUGGCUGAAAACUCACGACAAAACAUGGGACUCGCUCGCAACAGGCGCCCUCGUCUUCGACACCUCCAACCGCAUUCUCCUUCUCCAAAGAGCACCAGACGAUAGUAUGCCUAACAAAUGGGAGAUUCCAGGCGGUGCUUGUGACGACGAAGACGAAACUGUUCUGUACGGUUGUGCGCGUGAGCUUUGGGAGGAGGCAGGUCUGAGACUGCGACACAUUCGACGUGUUAUUCCUGAUGGGCCAAAUGGAAAACCUGGAGCUGUUUUUACGAAUAGAACGGGGAAGAGGUUCUUUUGCAAGUUUAGCUUUGAGGUUGAUGUUGAGGAUACAGCUGAGGUCAAGCUGGAUCCGAAGGAGCAUCAGGAUUAUGUUUGGGCGACGGAGGACGAGGCUAAGGGGCAGAAGAUGGGGGAGAGGGAGAUCCCACUGACGAAUGGAUUGAUGGUGAGGUUGAUUGAGAAAGGGUUUGCCAUGAGAAGAGACAACAAGGGGCGGUGAUGAUGUGAUACGUUACUCCUCUUUAUAUGCCGAAAGGCUCUUGCUUUGUUCGGUGAUUAUGGGAUCAUAUUAUUAUUAGAGUAAAGUAAU